AUGUCGGUAUUGACUGGAGCUGUUCCCAUCGCUACCACCACGCUCAGUGCUAUUGAGCAGUCCAAACGAUUAGCGGCAUACACUGCUGUGGACAAACACAUUCUCCCAGAACAUAAGGUUAUCGGAAUAGGAUCUGGAUCUACUGUGCCCUAUGUUGUGGAGCGAAUCGUUGCACAGGGGCGCGAGCUCAACAAGAGUCGCGUGUUCAUUCCGACUGGAUUCCAGUCGAAGGAGCUCAUCGUCAUGUCGAACCUCAACCUGGGCGAUGUCGAUCAAUUUCCUACCAUUGAUGUCACCAUAGAUGGUGCUGACGAAGUUGACCUUGACCUCAAUUGUAUCAAAGGUGGCGGAGCCUGCCACUUGCGAGAAAAGGUGCUCGCGGAGGCUGCGAAUACAUUCAUUGUGGUAGCCGACUAUCGCAAAAAUGCGGAGGUCCUUGGGACGAACUUCACUCCCGGUGUUCCAGUCGAAGUCGUGCCAUUCGCAUACGCCCAAGUUUUGCGUAAAUUGCGCGAUGUUCUGGGUUCUCCCAACGCUACCCUGCGCAUGGCAAAGGCUAAAGCUGGUCCUGUGGUGACAGACAAUAGCAAUUUCGUCAUUGACGCGCCGUUCCCCAAAGAGAUCAUGAUGGACCCUUCUACUAUUUUGGCAAAAAUCAAAAUGCUCACAGGUGUUGUGGAAGUUGGUCUGUUUUGUGAUAUGGCUCAGGCCGCAUACUUUGGUAACGAGGAUGGCAGCGUGACUGUGAAGAGCAAAGUCGGGUCUAAGGUCAUCGAACAAUCAAUCCCUGCUUCACGAUGA